ACAAGAGUAAAUAAUUCUACGAACUGAACUGAAAUCUUUACAACCACAAUGGAGUGGUGUGUUCUAUGGAAUCGUUCAUCGGAAUUGUUAAAAGUUGUCCAUCCAUCAGCAAUAAAAGUUCGCCUUAGAUGCGCCAUUGGUGCACUUUCCCGGUGGCAUCGAUAUUGCACUUGCAGUGCGAAUGAUUUUCCUGGUAGAAGCACUUCCACCAACGGCACACGAUCGUUUGAUGUCUGUUUUAUGUCUCGUUGGUUGUUGCGGUGAGAAUCACGCUCAGUACACAAAAGACAGUCACCAAGCAACCGGUACCGUAGGUGGUGUUACUAUCGAGGCGUGCUGCCAAAACGAUUGUGUUACAGAACACCAUGAACACCCACCCCAACCCGACACCCGUCAGCGGCUCUGCUCAAUUAACCAACGGCGGCAGUGAGGCGCCGGAAGUCAACACCCAACCGAAGCCGGAUGAUGCGGUGCGCGAGAAAUGGGACCGUGGUAUCGAGUUCCUGCUGUCGUGUGUCGCACUGUCGGUCGGUUUCGGCAACAUUUGGCGCUUCCCGUACACGGCAAUGCAGAACGGUGGCGGUGCCUUUCUGAUACCGUACCUGGUGGUACUGUUUCUGGUCGGCCGUCCACUCUACUAUCUCGAGAUGGUGAUGGGUCAGUUCUCGAGCCGUGGCUGCAUCAAGGUGUUCGAUGUGGCUCCACUGAUGCGUGGUGUGGGCAUCGGACAGACACUUGCACUGCUGCUGAUUCUCGGCUAUUAUGCCGCGGUACUUUCGGUUUCGGUACGCUACUUUGUUGCAUCGUUCGGUAGCCCGCUUGCAUGGGGUAGAUGUGAACCGGAAUGGGUCGGGUGCGUUGAUUCGGAAUUCAAGGGGCGCGUUCAGAACGCCUCCUUUCGACCGUCGGCCGAGUUUUACUUCAAUCGCUCCGUUCUGCACAACUACUGGACCGUGGACGAUGGAAUUGGUGUGCCAGAUUGGAAGCUGACACUCUGUUUGCUCUUCUGCUGGAUCUGUAUUACCUGCAUUUUAAUUAAAGGCAUUCGAAGCUCUGGAAAGGCAUCCUACUUUUUGGCUAUUUUCCCGUACCUGAUACUAAUCGUACUGCUCAUCCGUACCUGUACGCUGGACGGUGCAGACCAGGGCAUACUGUACCUGUUACAACCACAGUGGGAAAAACUGCUUGACGUACAGGUUUGGUAUGCAGCAGUAACGCAAUGCUUCUUCUCGCUAACGAUUUCUCUUGGUUCGGUGAUUGUUUUUGCUUCGUAUAAUAGUUUCAACAACAAUAUUUACCGCGAUGCGAUGAUAAUUUCCUGGCUGGAUACUUUCACCUCCAUCAUAUCGGGCAUCGUGGUGUUUGGUAUCGUCGGUAACAUUGCGCACAUUACGGGCAAUCGUGUGGAGGACAUGCAACUGCAAGGUCCCCAGCUAACCUUCAUCACCUAUCCGGAUGCGAUUGCAAAAUUCGAUGCGGCCCAGAACGUGUUUGCCGUACUGUUCUUUCUGAUGUUUUUCUUGCUCGGAUUGGGCAGCAAUACUGGCAUCGUGACUACGAUUGUGACCGCCAUCCGGGACCGAUAUCCCCAGCUGUCCAACUGGAAGGUGGUGAUGAUGAUUGCGAUCUAUGGAUUCGGUUGUGGAUUGGUUUACAUUACACCGGGUGGGCUACACGUGCUGGACGUAGUGGACAAGUAUGGUGUUACGUUGACAACGCUUACACUUGUCAUGUUGGAAAUUGUUACCUUUUGUUGGUUGUAUGGUGUGGACCAGAUUGCACACGACAUACAACUCAUGCUCCACAGAAAAACCGGUGUAUUCUGGAGAGUUUGUUGGAGCUUUGUAACACUCGCUAUUAUCAUCAUUAUAUGGCUUUUCAGCUUCAUUCAAUACACCCCACUUCCAGUUCCAAUCGGAAUGACUGUAUUUGGUUGGUGUCUUUAUGGCUUUGUUAUGGUGCAAGUAAUAGCGUGGGCUGUCUACGCAUUGCACGAAAGGAAGGAGAAGACAUUCAUCGACAAGAUAAAAGGUGCCUGUCAACCAACGACCGAUUGGGGUCCGGAGAAUUCCUCGAUGCGAAUGAAAUAUCGAACAGAAAUGUCUAAACGGCGUGAGGAAAAUAGGGUAGGGAAGAACGUUCUUCGUAAAAUCUUGAAUACGUUUUAUCAGAAAUAAAAUGAUUAAUUGUGCGUACAGUGUAAUAAAAAAGCAAAGAUAUACUUAUUUUUCCAUCCGAAUUAGAGCAUCAUGAGCUUGAGUCAUGAUAUUGGGUUGUGUUUUUCCAAAGAUGUUGUAAAAAUCACUCUGUUUUAAUCUUUAUUCUGUCUUGUCUGAAUCAACUGAUUACUAAAAAUUUGCUCCCAAGGGACUUGAAUACUUAGCAGAAAUAUACAUAAAUUUUUAAAGAAAAGUUUCCUUAACAUAAAAAAGAUUAUCAGUAAACGGUAUGGUGUCAGGCGAUUCUUGAGCGCAGUACGAUUGUGAACAAGACAAAUUGAAUUCUCUACAUAAUUAACUAUAAAUGCGAUACAAAAGAUUUUGUAGUUUGUCAGCAAUACUUUUUUAUAAGAAAAUCCGUUAUUAAACAAAACAUUUUCCAUCAAAAAUU